AUGGGUGUUAUUUCACUUGAUAGGGCUUUUUAUAUUGGAUACCCUUUACGCUAUAAACUACUAGUAACAGCUAACAAAGCUAAAUGUAUUAUUGCCUGUACAUGGAUUGUAUCUUUAGUAGUGAAUACAGUACCUGCCUAUUAUAAUAAUUGGAAAUCUUGUGGAGAUUGCAAUCUCUUUAAAGUAAUGCCACCAAUGUACCAAAUAUGUGUUCAGAUAGGAAUGAUAGUCGUGGUUUGUAUAAUUACUGCUACUUCUUAUGGAUUCAUCUUUAAAAUAGCCAGAAGUAAACAUGUCCGCGAUCGACAGCCAGCUUCUUCUCGUUUUCAAGCUGAUAUGAAAUUAGUAAAAACAUUUUUGAGGUGUUUGGAUUGUUUAUGGUUUGCUGGAUUCCUGUACUGA